AAUUGUUCAAUUUCGUUCGAUCAGAUUAUGCUCUCUCCCUUGGAAUCAAACAUUUCAAACAACAACGAGUACAAGUACACUUUCGACAACAACUUCUUCUUCUCCAUUACUAAAUGACGUGAAUCUUUUGGUGUUGAUGGAAUCACUUUUCUUUUCUCUCCUGUUGUUGUUCUAACUUCGUAGCAGUAUUCUGGUACGAAAAGUAGCGAAAAAAUUUAUGAACCGUUUAGGUGAUUGAAAUACAAGAAAAUAAUCGAUGAUAAUAAUACAUACAAUAUUUUUCUCUUUUAGUUCCACAAUUAUUAGAAAUGAUGGUUGAUUUAGAUGAUGAUAAAGAAUGGUCAACUAAAGACACGAUUGAAGACGAGGAAGAUGAUAGCAAUGCUGUAAUUGGUGAAAGUUCGUUAGAUCGACUUGCAUGUGCUCUGGGUGGAAAAACUAUGUUACAAUAUAGUGUUUCUGCUGUACAAACAAUGUUACAGAAUCGUAAGUGUCUAAAAUGUCUUUUUAUCAAAUUAUGUCUUCAGCUGAUUGGCGUUAUCGUCAUGCCGGCUUGA